GGUCCAACAGGAACAAGUCAGACUGGAAAGGAUCCCACAGACUGUGUGUUCUCCUCCCUCUGAGUGUGGUGUUGGUGAUUCUCAGCCUCAGCCUGACUGUGGCAUGGUGUGUUGGGAAAUCCUGUUCCCCUGAGCCAGAAUUCUCCUGUGUGUGCCCAGACACCUGGCUUGGGUUCCAAGGAAAAUGCUAUUACUUCUCUGAGGUUGAGGCCAACUGGACCACAAGUCAGGGGAACUGCAGAGCUCUGGGACCUUCACUGGCCAUCCUAAGCAUCAUGGAUGAACCGGGCUUCACUGUGUGCUAUAAAGGUGAAGCAAACCUCUGGUUGGGACUGGAAAAGAGGCAUGACAGGUGGUUUUUCAAUGGCACAGCCUUUGACUCCAGUGGCCAGCUCAGCUUUCCUUCAUUUUUGGGGGCGCCCUGUGCCAACCUGAACCAAGGGUGGAUCAGCUCCUCCCUGUGCCACAGCCAUCAGAACUGGGUGUGCAGCCACCCCCACAGCUAUGUCCUCUGGAGGGGAAAAGCUCCAACACAGGAUGAGGCCGAGUGA